CCUCCCUCUUUUUAAUACACAUUAAAAGCUUCAGAGAUGCCUAAGCAAAUUAAGGAUAUUAAGGAGUUCCUUGAAAUUGCCCGCAGAAAGGAUGCCAAGUCUGCUCGCGUCAAGAAGAAUGCUGAUUCUGUCAAGUUCAAGGUCAGAUGUUCUCGCUACCUUUACACCCUUGUUGUAAAGGACAAGUCCAAGGCUAACAAGCUUAGACAAUCUCUUCCUCCUGCUCUUGUUGUCAACGAAAUCUAAAGCAAUAACAAAGAGGAGAGACAGGCUUUACAAUGUUUAUUUAAAAAAUAAAUAUUGAAAAAUACACUUGUUUUUUUUUAAAGCAAAGAAAAGAGAGUUAUACUGAUAUUUUUUCAGAGCUUCCUUUACUAUUCUUCUUU